AUGUCGAGCCACGUCCAGAUCGUGGCGACGCCCACGGCCGACACGGCUGGCGCAGGCCUCCUGCUGCACUUUGACCACCGCCGUUACCACUUUGGCACCCUCGCCCAGGGCACGCAGCGCGCCAUCUCCCAGCGCGGCCACUCCCUCGCCAAGCUCGACAAGAUCUUCAUUGCCGGCGAGGUCAACUGGGAGACCACCGGCGGCAUGCUGGGCAUGAUGCUGACCGUCGCCGACGGUCUCGCGGCCGUCGCCCAGGAUGUCAAGAAUUCCAACGAGGCGAGGCGCAAGGAGGGCAAGCGCGAGAUCGCCACGCCCAACAAGACGUUUGAGAUUUUCGGCGGCAAGAACACAGCACACACCGUGGCCACGGCCCGGAACUUCAUCUUCCGCACCGGCAUGCCCAUCAAGGCCGUCGACCUGACCCUCGACCCCCGCGCCGCCGGCGGCAGCCCGACACCGCACGACUACUCAAAGCCAGACUGGGAAGAUGACACCAUUUUGGUGUGGCACGUGCCGGUGGCCAGGAGCCGCCCCGCGACGGCAGCAGCAGCAGCAGCAGAAGCAGCCACAGCUGCUACAGCUGCUGGAAACGGUACGCGCCCGGUGCGGAAGCGAACCUUUGACGUGAUGCACAACGCUGAAGCCGGCGCUGCCGUGACAGAUACGAGAUUGGGGAGCCAGUCGCCCCGCGCGCGGUCCCGCUCCGCCUCGCCCCCGCGGAAGAGGCAGCAGAUGGCCGAGAACACGGUCCACGACAUUGUCGAGAACAUGUUCAACUCGGACUGGAGCAAGGACGGCCUGUUCGAGACCAAGCUCGCCGACGUGCAGAUGCCGGCUAAGAUCUUCAUCCGCGAGAACGGCAACAUCAAAAAGUACGACGGACCGACACCGAGCACGAGGGAUGUCGUUGUGCCUGACAUUACCGUCCUCGUUCGCAAGCCCUGGCCGAGCGCCAUGGUCACCGACCUGCCGCCCACGACCAUGUCUGACACGUCGCUCUGCUAUGUGGUCAAGAACAGGGGCCGCCGUGGAAAGCUGAACCCCAAGGUCGCCAUCGAUCUGGGCGUGGCCAAGCCCGACUUCAAGCGCCUGACCGCCGGCGCCUAUGAAGGGCCAGGGUUUUGCCGUCCUGGCCAUUCCCUCUCUGGAACACGCGCCUGGCUUCCUCGAACGGCCCGAGUGGCAGUCGGACGAGCUGCUCGACAAUGUCCAGAUUUUUUACUGGAUCUUUGGAAAGGGUGUCUUUGA